UGUUCAAACGAACCUAUAGCGGAUUGAGUUACUGUUGAAACUAACCUAGAGAGGGCUGAGUUACUGUUUAAACUAACCUAGCGAGGGGUGAGAUACUGUUAAACUACUAGAGGUUAGAUUUUGUAUGUUAAUUAUAGAGUUAGAUGUUAGGGAUAGGGUUAGGUGAUGGGAUUAGAUGUUAGGGAUAGGGUUGGUGGUUCGAUUUUAGGGUAAGAUGAUGGGAUAGGGUUCGAUUUUAGGAAUAGGGUUAGAUGUAAGAGAUAAGGUUAGAUGUCAGGGAUAGGGCUGGAUGUUAGGGAUAGGGUUAGAUGAUAUGGAUAGAUGUUACUUAUAGGGUUCGAUUUUAGGGAUAGGGUUAGAUCAUGGGGAUAGGGUUAGAUGUUAGGGUUAGAUGAUUGGGAAAGGGGUUAGAUGUUAGGGAUAGGAUGAGAUGUUAGGGGUAGAGUUAAAUGUUGGGGUUAGAUGUUAGGGUUAGGGGUAGAUGUCAGGGAUAGGGUUAGAUGUUAGGGAUAGGGUUAGAUGUUUGGGAUGUGGUUGGAUGAUGGGGAUAGGGUUAGAUGAUUGGGAUACAUUAAGAGGUUAGCUGUUGGGUGUAGAACAUAUGCAUGUAGUGGUCAGUAGAGGGAUCCGUUCGUGGGACGUGGACCGCGGUCGCUGUAACCUGGACCAGCAGCUGAAGCAAUUUGUGUCCCGACACUCGGCCUUCUACACCAAGGAGGUCCCAGGCCAAAGAACGCUGCUGCACUCGGGGGAUGUUCUGCACUGUAGGGUGGUGCUGAACCCCGCCUACCAGCUGGUCUGCUCCCAGGUCCGCAGCUUUGUGGCAGAUGUUUCUCGUCACAAACUCCUGGUCCUGAUUGGUCAGUGCUCCGAGGUGACGGGGGACAUCGUCCUUCAGAAAGGCUGCUACUCUGCCAAGGACUUCAUCCAGAUGUUCACUGAGGAAGAGACAGCAGCUGCUCUAGGCUCAGCCGGCCCGUCGCUGAAGGCUCGCCUGACCCUGAGCUGUCCCAGCUCUGGGCUGUGGGGGGACCUGGAGCAGGAGACCCAGAAGCUGAGGGGUCUGGUGGACGUCCUGGUGAACCCCCCCUCCCUGCUGCCUGAGAUGGAGGGUCUGAAGGAGUUCACCGAGUACCUCUCGGAGUCCCUGGAGCCCCACGAGCCCUUUGACCUGCUGGAGGCCCCCAGCACGGUGGGCUUCCUGAAGCUGUCGCGGCCCUGCUGCUACGUGUUCCCGGGGGGGCGGGGAGACUCCGCCUUCUUUGCCGUCAACGGCUUCAACGUGCUGGUUAACGGCGGCUCCGACCCACGGUCCUCGUUCUGGAAACUGGUCCGACACCUGGACAGGAUCGACUCUGUCCUCCUCACACACGUCGGCGUCGACAACCUCCCAGGGUUCAACAGCCUCCUGCUGAGGAAGGCGGCGGAGGUGGAGCAGGACCAGUCGUCUGAGGACUGCGUGAAGAACAAGAUCUCUCCUGAGAUCGGGGUGGUUUUCUUUAACGCCCCAGACAGACUCAAGGGUUUGGAGGGAGAGUGUAAGGAGCUGCGGAGCUGUGACCAGGCCGCCCUCACCCUGCAGACCUUAGAGAAACUGUCCCUCCGCCCGCAGGCCCUCAGCCGCUCCCCGGGACCCGCCCUGGAACCCCUCAUCCUGUUCCAGAAGAUGGGGGUGGGGAGACUGGAGAUGUACGCCCUCAAUCCCGUCAAAGACAGUAAAGAACUGCAGGCCUUCAUGCAGACGUGGCUCUGCAAUGAACCUAGCAUGAAGGACACGGAUAUUCCUCUGCCCUGUACUGUGUCCAUUUGUGCCUUGCUCGUGUGGCAUCCCUCCAGUGCAGACGAGAAGAUCAUCAGAGUCCUCUUCCCUGGCUGCACACCACAGUCCAAGAUUCUACAGGGACUAGAAAAACUCAAACACCUCAGCUUCCUCAAGCAGCCGGUCAGCUACAUGAGGGACCUGGAGGCGUCCAAAGGAGAUAAACCACCAAGACAUACGGACAGCCGGGAAAGCCUGAAGUCCCUGAACAAAGAGUCCAGGUCCAGCAAUACCCUGCUCAAGGAAAAGACGUCAAGGGUGGAUGUAAGGAAACAUGAGGUAAAGACAAAGGCCAGGAGCGUAGGAGGAGGUGAACCUGCUCUUAAGGAAGGGAAGGACAAGGAAGACAAGUCAAAAACAGUAAGUGAAGCCAAAGGGAGACCUGAAACAGCAGAGAUACUGUCUCUAAAGAAAAAGAACGUUGGCACCAAGAGAGAAGAAAAUGGAGAGAAGAGAGAGGAUCUAACCCUAGAGAAAGGGAAGGAACUGUUGAAGAAGGAACCAAAGAAAGAUGUUAAAACAGACCCUAAAAAGGAGAACACAGUGAAGGAGCUGAAUGCUGAGGAGAAAAAGAUGGUUGUUUCAAAGCAGAAGGUAUCUGCUUUGGAUGUGAAGAAAACCGCAAGUGGAUCAUUAACAGGAAACACAGAAUCGAAAAGAGCAUUAGUUAAGAAUGGAAGUCUAAAGAAAGAUGGACCCCUUCCAAAAAAGGGAACAAAAUCAAGCCCUUCAAACAAGAGUUUAGAGAAUGGCCAGAAGACCCCGAGUCAAACACAAGACGCUGGUGGUGAUGACAGGGCCCUAUCCAAGGAGAAGACCCCGAGUCAAACACAAGACGCUGGUGGUGAUGACAGGGCCCUAUCCAAGGAGAAGACCCCGAGUCAAUCACAAGACCCUGCCCUGCUGCCUCCAGCCAGGACCCCAAAAAGAGAGCGCAGUGUGAACUUUGACCUGACGCCAGUUGAGUUCAGGUCACCCCCGAAGGGGAAUGGGCAGGGGGCAGGGAGCAGUGAGGAGUCGGCGGAUUAUGAAUCCAUUGUUGAGUCUGCAGGCCAUACACCUUUUCCUAAAUGCAAAACCGAUGACGGACAAGACAGCUUUGACUUUGAAGAGAUAAGCUCAGAGGAGCUCUGUUGGCCCAAAGACGCUCUGGCAGAAGAAGAUAACGUCGAUAAUACGUCCAGAGCAGGAAUCACUUUACCUCUUGGAACAGCUCAAAUAGACCAUGUAGCAGAUGUGCUCCAGGAAGUUCCUCAUGAUGUAGAUCUCUGUUUGGUAUCCCCUUGUGAGUUCCAACACUCAUGGACCGCAGAACCCAGCCAGCAGUGUCUGAGUACUGACCUGGUUGCUGUUGGACCGCUACCAGGCUGUGAUGAUGGGAACAACCGGUCGGACCACAAGCAGGAGACAGUCAGUGGCUCGCUGCCCUCAGACUCUGAGGACUCCAGCAGUCUCUUCGCUCUUCAUCAUGACCUGCUUAGUCUUGAUGUAUCUCCUGUUGUAUUGGAGCCUUCUUCUCCUGACCCCCCCCCUGCCCCCGCUAAAGACCUCCCCCCAUUGCCCAGGCAGCCAGGAGCUAGCAUGGCUGAUGCAGAUGCUUCCUCCAGGAACCCUAAAAGCACCGCUGCUAAGACUAGGAAAACCCCAGGGCCUUCUCCCAGGGCAAGCUCUGGACAGGAGAAGCCCAAGGCAGGCAGUGGUUCUGGGGCAUUGAAGAACCGGUCCAGCCUGGACAAUCGGCCCACCAGCAGAAACUCUGGCUCUAGACCCGGCCCGGCAAAGCCUCCAUCCCCUGGCCUCGGGGCGCCGGUCGUCUACCUGGACAUGGCCUACCUGCCGUCGGGCGCGGCGCGGGCCAGCGUGGACGUGGCGUUCUUCCAGCAGCUGCGCUCCUCGUGCUACAUCAUCAGCGGAGACGAGCCCCGGACGGAGCGGAGUCUGAGGGGGAUACUGGACGCCCUGCUGGAGGGCAAGACCGCCUGGCCUCACAUCCAGGUGACCCUGAUCCCCACCUUCGACUCGCCCUCCAUGCACCAGUGGUACCAGGAGACCCACGGACAGCAGGCCGCGCUGGGCCUCACCGUGCUGGGCUCCAACAGCACCGUGGCCAUGCAGGACGACAGCUUCCCCGCCUGCAAGGUGGAGUUCUGAUCACCGGACCCGGACCCUACACCGUGGCCCUAGACUCUACGCCGUGGCCCUAGACCCUACACCGUGGCCCUAGACCCUACACCGUGGCCCUGGACCCUACGCCGUGGCCCUAGACCCUACACCGUGGCCCUAGACCCUACACCGUGGCCCCUAGACCCUACGCCGUGGCCCUAGACCCUACACCGUGGCCCCUAGACCCUACACCGUGGCCCCUAGACCCUACACCGUGGCCCCUAGACCCUACACCGUGGCCCUAGACCCUACACCAUGGCCCCUAGACCCUACACCGUGGCCCCUAGACCCUACACCGUGGCCCUAGACCCUACACCGUGCCCCCUAGACCCUACACCGUGGCCCUAGACCCUACACCGUGGCCCCUAGACCCUACACCAUGGCCCCUAGACCCUACACCGUGGCCUCUAGACCCUACACCGUGGCCCCUAGACCCUACACCGUGGCCCUAGACCCUACACCGUGCCCCCUAGACCCUACACCGUGGCCCUAGACCCUACACCGUGGCCCCUAGACCCUACACCAUGGCCCCUAGACCCUACACCGUGGCCCCUAGACCCUACACCGUGGCCCCUAGACCCUACACCAUGGCCCUAGACCCUACACCGUGGCCCCUAGACCCUACACCGUGGCCCUAGACCCUACACCGUGGCCCUAGACCCUACACCGUGGCCCUAGACCCUGACCCUACACCGUGGCCCUAGACCCUGACCCUACACCGUGCCCCCUAGACCCUACACCGUGGCCCCUACACCGUGGCCCCUAGACCCUACACCGUGGCCCUAGACCCGGACCCCCAGUCCCUGACACCAGACCGGUUCCUGGACCCUGUCCUUAGACCUUGUUCCCUGUGACCCCUAACCCUGUUCAGAGACCCUUUCCCUGACCCUAGACACUAGACCCCGUCCCAGGUGGUCUGGAAGUCUUCUAAAGGAAAUGAUCUCAUGUUGCCAAUGGACAGCUCUCUGAGACUGUUUAGUACGAAGAACCAUCCACAGAAAAUUGUUCUUGCUAUUAUUGUUCUCAGUGUUAUGUUAUUAGUCACAUUAAUACUCGAUCCAGACUGAUGUUAACUGUUCAGCUUCCUUCAUUCACUGCUGCUGUCCUCAAACAGCAGUCAUUGCUUAAUGAUUAGCUAUCCUCCAUUAGAAGAGAUAAAAACCAACUGUCCCUAGUUUGAGGAACCCUUGUAAAAUGCUAAUCUAUAGUCCUAGCUCCGGCUAAUAAACACCUAGCUCACAUAAUAACGUCUUAGCUCCAGCUAUGACUUCCUAGCUUUAGCUAACAACCUCCUAGCCCUCCUAACCGACUAACUAUAACUAAUAACCCGCCUAGCUCAAGCUAAUAAUCACCUAGCUCAAGCUAAUAAUCACCUAGCUCAAGCUAAUAACCAUCUAGCUCAAGCUAAUCACCAUCUAGCUCAAGCUAAUAACCACCUAGCUCAAGCUAAUAACCGCCUAGCUCAAGCUAAUAGCCACCUAGCUCAAGCAAAUAACCGCCUAGCUCAAGCUAAUCACCAGCUAGCUCCAGCUAAUUAAGAACUGUAUCACAAACCUGUGCUCAUAUCUGCUCCUGUGUCAUUUCAUGAAGUCUUUGCUGUUUUUCUUCCGUGAUUCAAUCCAUUUCUAAUGUUUUCAUGUUCAUGUUUUCAAGGUAGCAUUGUGUUGUAACCCACUGUGGAUGGUUUUAUUUCUGUUUUAAGAUGUAAUAUGUUCAGCCUUCCUAAUGAUCCAAUUCAUAGCUUCAGUCCAGAUGUAGAUGAUGGCUGCUGGGAGGUUGAGAGGUUUGGUGUGUUUUCAGUAUUAAUAAUUCAUUAUUUUAAACUGAAAUCUAUUCCUAUGUUCAGAGAGUUAGCCUCUCCACCAGGUGGCGACGUGGUACACCACUGCUUUAGAAGAUGCUAUUUAAAGACAAUUGAAUAAAGUGUAUUUUCACACAAUCCUAUUUAAUUUAGUUUUGCUUUAUUUGAGUAGAGUCGUAUUAGAGGUGGUUAACAGGACUCGUACGUUUUUAAAGUAAAACAUUCAGAUAUCAUUCUGUAUUGAAACACUAAUUUAAAUUAAAUUUCCUUUCAAAAUAAAUGAAUACAUUUAAUGAA